AUGUGGAGAACCGCCGGUAAUCGACGACUCUGGCUUGGUCUCAGACAGUAUUCAAGGAUUCGUCCACCGCCGCCGGCUGGGGCUCAGCCCAUUAUCCGAGUGUCCAAUAACGUAGCCCGAUUGGGUGGCCCAAAAGAAGGCCCAAAACCAUGUCAAGUUCUGUCUUUGCCUCCGUUCCCCGGACUCCCUUUGCCGGGGAAAAACUCGGUUACCGUUCCGGGAAGAUCUCAACAUGUCACCGCCAUUAGCUGGGUUAAGUACUACUUUGAUGAACUACUUGAUAAUGCUGUUCAAUCCCAUUUCAACAAGGGUCUUGUUCAGGUAAAGUGCUCAAACUUUAGUGACUCCAUGAGUGAUAAAGAUGGAGAAGCUAACACAAUGAAGAAGAUAAAGCCCAAUGAUGUUAUGGAAGAAGGGACCAGAGUUUAUGUACCUGUGUCAGUUGCAGAGAGUAGGAUUUCCAGAAGAUUUGAUACUAUUCCAAGUGGAACACUUUACCCAAAUGCUGAUGAGAUAGCUUACUUGCAAAGGCUUGUUCACUACAAGGAUUCUGCUAUACUUGUUCUGAACAAGCCACCAAGAAUGCCUGUCAAGGGACACUUACCAAUUCAUAACAGCAUGGAUGCAUUGGCAGCAGUAGCACUAUCUUAUGAUUACAAUGAAGGCCCUAAGUUGGUUCAUCGUCUUGAUAGAGAGAGCAGUGGCCUUAUAUUGAUGGGAAGAACAAAGGAAAGCAUAAACCAUCUAGAGUGGUUAUUCAGUGAUGCCAAAAUGAAAUCGUCGUGUAAGGCUUGGAAUGAAGCAUGUGAUGCUACAUAUCAGAAGUACUGGGCAUUGGUUAUAGGUUCUCCCAAGGAAAAGGAAGGCUUUAUUUGUGCUCCUCUUUCUAAGGUGCUUCUUAACGAUGGAAAGACAGAAAGGGUCAUCAUAGCUCAUCAAUCAGGUUUUGAGUCUUCUCAAGAAGCGAUAACUGAAUAUCGUGUGCUCGGUCCAACGAUAAAUGGAUGCUCAUGGCUUGAGUUGCGUCCUCUUACUAGUCGGAAGCAUCAGCUUCGUGUCCAUUGUGCCGAAGCUCUUGGCACCCCGAUUGUGGGUGACUAUAAAUAUGGAUGGUUUGUGCACCAAAGAUGGAAACAAAUGCCUCGUGUUGAUAUUGAGCCAACAACAGGUAAGCCUUACAAGUUGCGCAGACCAGAAGGUCUCGAUGUUCAAAAGGGAAGUGUUCUAUCAAAGGUCCCUUUGUUGCAUCUGCAUUGCAGAGAGCUUGUGCUCCCCAACAUUGCUAAGUUUCUCGUAGUUUUCGAUAGAAAAUCAGAAAACCGAGACCCUGCAGUUAGCUCGAAGCCUGAUCUUCUGCGGUUUGUGGCACCUAUGCCUUCCCACAUGAAAAUCAGUUGGAAUCUUAUGUCAUCCUAUUUAGUUUAAAAGAUUUGGCAUAUGAAUUGAAUCAUUCAUACAUGAAAGAAUAGGUAGAGUUAUUAUUGUACAAUUAUGAUACAAAAACACUUAACGGAAAAUGUGAUCAACUGAUUUGAUUUCUGUUACCCCAAUAUACAUAAGAAGCCUUCUGUAAGCCUAAUUCUAAGAGCCAUCGACCGUUUUUUCCGGCUCAAUGAUGAACAACCACCCUAGUUUCUAUGUCACUGAUCUUGAAAAUUUCAGAAACAUUCAACAUUGCUUGCUGAACAAUCAUUUGAUAUAAAAAGACAUUUAAUUUGAUGUUAAA